AUGCCAGCUAGCACGUACAUAAUUCGAGCUGGUCGGCGUGUGGAACGUACAGUUUAUAUGCCACUAGCAAAACGUAUUCAGUUAAGUAGCGGGAAUACAUCAAAAGAAGACCAUAGUGAUGAGCCAGAAGCAUAUUCGAAUCCUGCUCACGAACAAAUGUUAGCUCAUUUGAUGCGCAAAUCGAGGGAAGUCGACUCUGAUUCAGCACACACAUCCCAUCAACCCAGUGCAACCACUGUUCUCGAUGCAAUUGAAGGUGAGCUGGUUUUCGUCGUGGAACAGCCCUUGUCAGGGCUACCGCUUGUUCAAUCACUCUUUGCUGAGAAGCAUUCGGCACCACUACGAAGUAUAAACCAACAAGCGCUAUUUGCAUCUCCUCUCUCACGUCACUAUCCGUUAUCUGAUACUUGCUCAAAUAUUACAAUUAAUAAUGUGCCUUCUGAAUUCCCCACUCAAGUUGAUGAUGAGAGAGUGAUGGAACAAGGAUCAAUAGGUAAAAGUAACUACACCGAUGAAAAGGGAACGUUCUCGGAUGAAUAUGAUGAUGCUGAAUUCACUGCCACCGUUCUCAACAAUCUGCCCACUUCCUACGAUGAAUUCGAGUCGAAGGAGUUGCACUUAAAAUUGGAACGGAACAUAUCGAGUCCAUUAAUGACGUGUCAGAGUCCAGCAACCGAUUGCGGUCGGUUAUCAUCUGAUUCGAACUCGACCAUCGCAUCGCCAAUGCAUCCAAUAUUGGACAGUUCCAACAUGCAACCCGAUGCUGAGGAUCUUGAAGUUGCAAUGAUUAAUGAGUCAUUCGAAGAACAGCAAAAGCAAACGAAGUUAUAUGAAAAUCCUAAUUUAAAAAAUCUCUUCUAUUCACGUCCGAAUAUGACUGAAGACGCGGAUCGUGCAGUAUGCGGAUCGCACGAUCGCUUACCAUAUGUAGUUAACAUAAGUGGCCAAGAGAGGAAGCGAGAUAAAGGUAUUACGGGUACUGUUGAUGCUUCGAAACGAUAUAUUCCACCAACUGAUCAUCAUUUCACACCGGGUUCGUAUAUUUUUUGUCGUAUGUCUGAGGGAGAUGAUUCAGCCCAUAUUCAUUACGCACUAUUUGAACUCAUGUCAUCUCUAGUGCUUACCCCGAAUUCGAGUGAGAUGAUCUCUGCUAUCAGAAGGCUUUCAACGUCUAAAAAUCAUCAGCAAACAGUUACUGAACGACGUCCGUUUGAUCCGCUGUUCAGGAAUGCUGAAACUAAUGAUAAUGAAUUUGAACAACCAUUCGCAAAUUCGUUGAACAACAGUGAUAAUGGUAGAUUUGAUGUGGAAGAAUUGAUUCUUGAUCAGUCAAAUCUUGGACGAGUGGCACGCGGUUCAGCCUUCAACAGUUUCAACUCACUUCAUCAUUGUUCGAACGAUAGAGCUGCACUGAAGGAAUCACGAAGAGAUUUUAUGAAGAUCAACCCAAAGAGUGCUGCCAUUCCGAUCAAACAAACUGUCAAGGUGCUGAAUGCAAGUUCUAUCGACGACAAAAUGGAUGCAACCGAAGCACUUGCGAUGAAUGUUGUUGAAAGUCUUUUUAGUGGGAGUGCUUCGUUGGGACAACGUUCACCGUGUAUUACUCGUCAGGUUCGUAUCUUGUAUUGUUUUCAUCUUGAAUAUGACAUUUCUAAGAUGGGUGAUAGCGAGAAGUGCGCACAAGAAGAAGAAGAAGUUUGCGCCCCUUCAGUGCAGUCCGUUCAUGACGCAUAUUGUUCGUCUUUAGCAGGUAGUAGUAGUGCUGAGAAUAAAGAUGGUAAACAGAGCACAGCACCAAUUGACUCGUGGGAGGAUCUUGAUUCGGAGGACUUCGAUUUCAAAGUUGGGGGAAUCAAGUCAGCCAUGGAAAAAGUAAAACUGGGAAAGCCAAAAGUCGAUUUUUUUGCUGCUGCUACACCUACAGCAAUGCCUUGGAAUGAUAAAGAGAUGCGCAAUGUGCUCGAAAUUUAUUCCCUUCCAUCUCGUAUAUCACUCGACGAUGUGAAAAAUGAAUUGGCCAAAAUCGAUUGCGCUGAUGUAACUUUUAAAAAAGUUACGGAUUCUAGUUACUUGAUCAACUUCUCAUCCAUAAAUGCAGGGCACAUGAGUGGCUGGUUACAUUUACACGAACUGGCUGAUGCAUCGCUGGAGAGUCAAACUCAGGCACGCAAAUAUGCAGAUUUAUUAGCACCACAUAAACCACGUCCUAAAACGACUGCAUUGGUAGCACGACGACUGGUCGAAGGGGCGCUCGGUGUGCGUACAAAUGUUUCGAAGCAGCAACGCAACGCUGAACGACAAGUGCUGAACGAUGCAAAGCAACAGAAAAAGGCAACUGCUGCAUUAUGGGAAGACAACCCGUGA